CUUGCGAGCAAUCUUGUUACUUCGAUCGAUGUUUCAACCCAUAAUCUCCACCAUGGACUCGGGGACCUCACCCGUCCUCACUGCCUCAAUUUUGGUCGUAGUCACCAUCGGACUGCUACUUCUGAAAGGCCAGAGAAACAAAUUACCACACGUCAAUCCGAUAGGAAUAGCCUCACUUCAGUUCCAGAAGCAGUUGGAGUUCAUCAAAGAUGGCCUCAAGAUUCUCGAGAGGGGCAGAUCCAAGUAUCUCGGCCAACCAUUUCGCAUGCUCACCACGAACGGCGAGUUGACAGUUCUUCCGCCCGAAUACGCGAACAUGAUACGCAAUGAAACAGGGCUCAGCUUUGCUAAAGCUAUCGUAAAUGACUUUUCAACCCACGUGCCCGGAUUUGACCCUAUAGCAGUUAUAGACCACAAUUCGCAUGUUGUACAAGACGUUGCUAGAAAGCAGCUUACCAAGCUCUUGAACACAGUGACGGAACCCCUUGCCCAGGAAACUACGUUCGCCGUGCAUCAUAUUUUCGGUAAUUCCUUGGAGUGGCAACAAGCGCCUUUGGCCGACUCGAUUCUGAACCUAGUUGCUCGUCUUUCGUCCCGUGUUUUCCUGGGCGAAGAACUUUGUCGUGACGAGGAAUGGCUUGCCAUAACAAAAGAAUACACCGUAGAUGGAUUUAGGGCAGCAGUAGAACUUGCGAUUGUUCCGCAGUUUCUGAAAUUCCUCCUUCCUCUGUUUUCUUCCAAGUGCCAAGUGGUUCGGCGCAAAGCUAACCGUGCUCGGGAAAUCAUUACGCCAGUCAUAGAGAAUCGACGUGCACUUAAGAACAAGGCUCGUUUGGAGGGGAAGCCGAUUCCAAGUUUCAAUGACGCUCUCGAUUGGGGGGAAACCGAAACCAAGGGCAUGAAGUACAACCCGGCUGAUUUCCAGCUGACUCUAGCGUUUGCGGCCAUUCAUACCACCUCGGAUCUAUUAUGCAAGACUUUGGGUCUUCUGGCUGAACAUCCUGAUUCAUUUAAGCCUCUCCGCGAAGAGAUGAUUACCGUACUCAAGCAGGACGGAUGGAAGAAGAGCGCACUGUACAACAUGAAACUCCUCGAUAGCACGCUCAAGGAAGCACAGCGAGUACGUCCAAACAGCUUGCUCUCAAUGCGCCGUGUGGCAACGAAGGAUGUCAAACUGCAGAACGGUUUCACUAUCCGCAGAGGUGAAAAUUCUAUGGUGGAUGCACGUGCUUCGCAAGACCCUACUAUCUUCCCCGAACCCGAGAAGUUUGAUAUCUACCGUUUUCUUCGAAUGCGUGAGCAACCCCAGGGAGCCAACAAGGCACAAUUGGUCGCUACAAGCCCCGAACACAUUCAUUUCGGGCACGGAACGCAGGCAUGCCCUGGUCGAUUCUUUGCAGCAAAUGAGAUGAAGAUUGCGCUCUGCCAUCUCUUGCUAAAAUACGAUUGGGAAUUGGCCCCUGGAUCGACCUCAGAGCCGGUCAAUUUCGGAGUCGAUUUCUCGGUCAAUCCAGAGACCCAAAUAAGGUUUAAAAGGCGUGAGAUUGUGGAUAUUGAUCUGGAGUCACUUGUAUUCGACUGA